AUGCAAUUCUCCGUCCUCUCCGUCCUCUCCCUCGUCGGUGCCACCAUGGUCUCCGCCAUGCCCCAGGCUGGUGGUUUGAUGCAGCGCGACGCCGAGUGCAUCCAGCCUAUUCUUUGCUGUGGCACUCUGGCCACCCCUCUCGACCCCAUCGUGGAUCCCAUCCUCUUGGAGCUUGGUGUCAAUGCUGCCGAGAUUGUUGGAUCCGUUGGUCUCCUUUGUCACGCCUAUGAGGCUGACAAGUGUGACACCGCUCCCCAGUGCUGCACUGAGGCCAACCUCUUAGGUGGUACUGUCGCUCUCGGAUGCUCUGACAUUGAGUAA